ACAACUCAUCAAUGGCCGAGAACACAAGAGCGCCUUCUGAUAUCCAUCAUGUCUGGACUAAUUUGGACUGAAUUUCACUUGACAUCAAUCUGAAGUGAAUAUAAUCGCAGUGACAGGCUCACAUCUUCUUCCUCCUCCUCCUCCUCCGUUAUCCGCCGGUCACCCACAUGAGCGCGAGACCGCUCGGAGAUUACCGCGUGAGGGAAGUCAAAACGGAGAGACCGGAGGGAUUAACCCGCGAAAACUACAAGAAAACACAAGCCGCUGGUAAUGUCGUGUUAAACAUGGGUGUGCUUGGGGAAUAGAAGAAAGAAAGAAAGAAAGAAAGAAAGAAAGAAAGAAAUCAGGACGAGCGAACGGACUGCGCGUUUACCGCCAAAACACCAAGUGACCGCGAGCAGAAGACAAAUUUACGGGAAAAACGUUUACAGAUUAGAUAUUUGCUUUCAUACGUGUGUGACGUACAGUAGAUCCAGGUGUAUUAGGAUGCCAAUCCCCAAUCUUUCUGGGUAAACGGAGAACACUGUUCUGUCGUGUCACUGGAGAAGCACACACACACAAGCUGAAGAUCAAGUACAGCAUGGGAGCCAACAGAGCCAGCAGGUACUGCAUCGUGUCUCCUGAUGAGGAGGGACUGAAGAUCUCCACCCUCGGCCUCCACAACGGCCACGGCUCCGGAUGGCUUCACUCCCCCGGUGGAGAGGCGGGCCCAAGCACGGCAUCAGCGCUGAUGAGGACCGGCUACAAUGGGAAGAUCUCCACAUCUGGCCGAGGCCCACUACGCUCCCGCUUCGUCAAGAAGAACGGCCAGUGCAACGUGGUCUUCGCCCACAUGGACGACAAGCCGCGGCGGUACCUGGCGGACAUCUUCACCACGUGCGUGGACACCCGCUGGCGGUACCUGCUGAUGAUCUUCUGCUCCACCUUCCUGUUCUCCUGGCUCGUGUUUGGCCUGAUCUUCUACAGCGCGUCUUUAGCGCACGGCGACUUCAGUCAAGAUCGCGGAAGCAGCGGAAAGCCGUGGAAACCGUGUUUGCUGCACGUCGAGGGUUUCAUCGGCGCGUUCCUGUUCUCAGUCGAGACCCAAACCACAAUUGGUUACGGCUGGCGCUGCGUGACCGAAGAGUGUCCCGUAGCGAUCGUAACGGUGGUGGUGCAAUCCAUCGUUGGGUGCAUCAUCGACUCCUUCAUGAUUGGCACCAUCAUGGCCAAAAUGGCACGUCCGAAGAAGCGAAACCAAACCUUGCUGUUUUCGCAUAACGCAGUGAUCGCGCUGCGAGACGGGAAGCUGUGUUUAAUGUGGCGUGUUGGGAACCUUCGGCGGAGCCACAUCGUUGAAGCCCAUGUUCGAGCGCAGCUUAUCCGCCCCUACGUGACGGCAGAGGGCGAGUUCAUCCCGCUGGAGCAGACCGAUUUGAAUGUGGGCUACGACGAAGGCACAGACCGCCUGUUCCUGGUGUCGCCGCUAGUAAUCGUGCAUGAAAUCGAUGAGGACUCACCUCUGUGGGGGAUGAGCUGCGCGGAUCUGGAGUCCGAUGAUUUCGAGAUCGUAGUGAUCCUGGAGGGAAUGGUGGAGGCGACGGCAAUGACCACGCAAACGCGUAGCUCGUACCUGUCCCGCGAGAUCCUGUGGGGUCACCGCUUCGAGCCGGUCAUCUUCGAGGACCACGACCGUUACCAGGUGGAUUACGCGCACUUCCACAAGACCUACGAGGUUCCCUCGACGCCCGCCUGCAGCGCUAAGGAGCUGAGCGAACGGACCGGGCGCCGCUCAUCCGGGUCGUCCCGCUCCGUGACACUACUCCCGCCGCACUCACCCAGCGCCUUCUGCUACGAGAACGAGGUGGCGCUGUGCUGCGGAGAGGACGAGGACGAGCUGGAGGUCGCUCCCACAGACUUACAGAAGAUGUUCCAGGAUUCGGCCACAAUGACCUCCAGAAACAACAUGCUCUGUGUGUUAGACAUGGACAACCAGAUCGAGUUUGACAUCCUGCAGACUGCAUUACCACUCGACCCCAUGACUUAUAAGAGCGAAUCAGAGAUAUGACGUUCCCACAAGUACAUGCGUUUAUUUAUACAUAAAUGUAU